CACACCACCAAGCUGCGCAAGCGAACUCCCUGGCAUCAGUGCCAUCACGAUCCUCCCACCCUCCCUGCCGACGUGCCUCAGGCUUCCUCCCUCUCGCACUAGCUCUUCAAGCUUGUCCAGCCCGCCAAAUGAGAAGGCCGACAACGCACAGGCAUGGCCGAACUACCUGCAUUCUUCAGCCCAUUCAACUCUAGUCCUCCAGGUGCAAUAUGCAGCUUUUGCUUCUGGGGAUAUGCCACCACUCGUUCAAAAUAUGCUCCUUACCGGACUGGCCUGGCCUGGACCAGCAUCCCAGCCCUUCCAGGUCUCAAGAAUAGCACCUGUCCUGAUGACCCGAUAUAUGAUGGAGUUGGAGCCCCUCCUCGCCCAGGACGCCUGCUUGACCUGAAGGUGGCUUGGUUGUAAACCGCCCUACCUCUCGGGUUGGUGAUGCGAUCCAUGAUGCCUGAGCAGUCCAAGUCCUUCCCCACACGGGGCGACAGACGCAGUAAUGGUCGAGGUGCUGGACGAAAUAAUGAUGACCCAGGGAAUGAUAGACAAAACCCUGCACGGAGACGCCCGUAAGUUCUCCUCGCAUCAAAUGAUCCGAGCCUCCAAGUCUCAUGUUUUCAGCGAUGCUCCUCGAUCUAUGGUGCAAGUCGAUCCUCAGCCGCCCACAGCAAGGCUCCCCGUUACCAGCCGCCAUCAGCCCCCAUCAAUUGUGACCAAUCCAAUAUUCCCUCAGGAAAGAAGUCAGAGCUAUCAACUUGCUCCUGGGGCACAACCGAAACCUAGGGUUUCCGUUUCAAACGCCUCAGGGGCGUUGGGCCUUAACAGCACUCUAGACUCAACUCUUCAAGGUUUCGCAAACAUCCCGAGUGGCAGAUACGCGGAUGCUGCAACAUAUCUUGGGGCAAAUCCCUCGAUUCUUACACAAGGUCCACAAGCUCUUCUGACAGAAGCCAUUCGGACGUAUCGUCAUGCGAGCCGUGGACCUGAGAUGCAAUAUACGGGCAAAAUGACAUACGGUGAUAAUUGCCUUCAAAAAUACGUGAUUCUCAGGCAAUUACACCGUUUGCAGCAGAGACUCGAAGCACGACGGCCGGGGAAAGGGACAACCGAAGAGAUGGCCGAAGUUACCAAGCGCUACUUCGACCAGUUGCUUGACAAUGCGUCCCCUUCGAGGAAGCAGCUCGAUGAUGAAUUGAUCGAAGUUCGUGCACAUGCUAUGAGACAGUCGCAGAGUGCCGGCCCUGGCCCUCAAACGACCGCCACCACACCCCAGCAACUCCAGACGCAGACGAGGACAUCGUCUAUGAGCAGCCAAGCUCAGCAAGGCUCACUUUUGGCCCAAUCAUCUCAAGAAAUCUCAGAUCCGAACCUUGCGUCCUUGAAUCUGUAUGGCCCCGGCCCGAAAUCCGAAAUUUCGCGCAGCGAGAAUAUUGCCGGGUUAGACUCCAGGUACGUGGCCAGAAAUUCGAGCUACUACCAGCCAGGCCGGGUGUUUGCCAUUCUUUGGCAUGAACCGUACAACGACUCGCAGGGACACUCUGGCAACAGCUCGCGCCACACCUACUUGAGCGACAACAUAAGCAUUGGACGCUUCGGGGAGCGUAUUUACAGCUCAAUCCGUAGGAUGGUUGUCGUCCGACAGGACCACGGUUGCUGUGUUUGUAUUCAAAUCAAUACCUACGGCAAGAGGGGAUUGGGGAAAUUCACAGCAUCCCCAAAGGAUGUUGAGGCCCAUACAAUAAUCCAUAUGGACGACACAAACCCUCAGUCGCAACCGGGUGAACCUAGAUCAAGCAAAAGACCCAUCGCAGUCAAGAAAGCAAGUCCAGAUCAGAGACUGAAUCCGUGGAGCCGUCUCUGCUUCUCCCAACCGCACACUGUGCAACACACGGUGAAAGCCCUGGACGUUGGGUGGGUGACCAAAGAGAGUCUACCCUACCUGCUGUCCUAUUUCCAGCUGGUCAACGCGCUCCCUAAAGAGACUUGAGACGCCUCCGAAGCACAGUCUUCGCAGCUAUCUACAUUGCCAAAUACGUUACUGAACCUACCUCAGACCGAUCCAUCCUGGAUUCGAGGCAUCUUACGUUCCCGACCCCUGUCCUUGACGUUGACCGAGAUGUUAUGAUUUUCGUGGAGCUUAGCCUUUGAGAAUUUCUUUACCGAACGAGUUUGAUUCAUCCUGCAAAGCAUCUCGCGUCUUGUUGCCCUGGAAUUUGUCUACCCGUGAAAGCCAGAUGCCACCUUUUUGAUGGUCUACCACAGAUAAGAUUGUUCCGACACGCCUUUGAGAGUGGACUUCAACGAUGGGUCGCACUUCAUCUUUCUACAAUUGACGACGCCGUUUUGUUAAUUAUUCUACUUCGUGCAUGUUGGAACCACAGAAUGGAAUUCCUUCUUCUCUGCUUUUGGGGGGAAUUGGAUCCCCUCCGCUCUGCACAUUGCAGGCUGUUAUGAAUUCACGAUAUACAUAUCUUAUAGCGCUAUUGAAGUUACCCUCCACAAAGGACGAUCCAGACUCGAGGCCAUCCGUUUGAAGCGGUUGAUUCU